AUGGGUAUAUUACUGCUUCUUCAAGUUACAUAUAUUUUAACAAAUUUAGUUAUUUCUUUUAUUAUAAUACCAAAUUGUGGAAAUACAAAAGGUAGAACUUUUAAGUCACCUGAAAAUAAAUCAAAAAAAAGUAUGGAAAAUAGUAUUUCUAAUAAAAAUUGUGUACAAGAAAAAAAUAAGCUUAUCUAUAAUAUUAAUAAAAAUAGAAAUGUUUCAUUUAUUGGUAAAGUUUCAGAAGUAAAAAAUUCUGUUGAUACACAAAAAAGUCACACUGAAAAAACAAAAACUACUGAUAAAGAUAAAUCACAUACUAUUGAAAAUAAAAAAAAUAAAAAAGGUCAUAAAGUUAUUGUAUCAAUGACAGCGUAUAAUGAGGAGAUUGAAAGAAAAUUAAGAAGUUUUUAUGGUAUUCCUGAAAAUAUUAUAAAAAAUACUGAUAAUCACAAAGACUGUGGAAAAGAGGUCGAUAAAAAGUUUAAGUCUAUUAAAAAAUAUUUACAAGGUAAUAAAAAUAAUGUUGACAAAAAAGUAAUUAAAGAUAACGUUUUAAAUAGUAAUAAAAAGAAAAUUGUUAAAGAUACAAAAGCAUUAGAAAAGACAAAAAAGAAAAAAGUGAAUGUUGCUUCAGAUAUAGUAAUAAAGUCAAAAAUUAUAGAAAAUUCUCCAAAGAAAUAUGUUCCAAUUGAUGAAAAGAAAAUUAAUUUGAAAUCAUCAUAUGCUAUGAAAAUAAAAAAAAAUGAUUUAAAUAUUAAUGCACCAACAGGAAAGAAAGAUUCUGCUGCGUUACAAGAAGAUGAUCGAUAUAUAAAUUUAGUUGAAUUGUCUAUUGGUGAUGGAAUAGUGAAUCCAGAUUUUGUUGAAGUAUCAUUACAACCUACUCAACGAUCUACUUCAUUAACAGUGGAUGAAGAAAAAGUUGAACAAGAAAAUUUAAAUGAAGAUCAAAGUAAUGAAGAAAAAUAUGAAUCAUUAGCAGCAAUUCAAGAUUUGCAUUUAAUGAAAGAAUAA